UAUCAAGAAACCUCCAACUGGCCAAGUCUCUUCGAGCUCUCGGUUCUCAAUCUCUCUUGUUUUCUCCCUCGAAUUUGAAACCCUAGCUCUUUGAUUUUCUCAAUCUUCGUCGUUUGUUCUUGGAGAUCGAUCGUGAUUUCUAUUCUUGUGUGAUUUGAUGAAAGGGAGUCAUGGCGUCUCCCAAGUCUUCGUCUAAUAGCACUCUUCCUCUCAUCCUCGAUAUUGAUGAUUUUAAGGGGGAUUUCUCUUUUGAUGCGUUGUUUGGGAGCUUGGUGAACGAGCUACUGCCGUCUUUCCAAGAAGAGGAUGGGGUUUCGCAUGAGGGGAUCGAUGGGUUGCCGAAUGGCCAUGGUCGCAUGCCAUCGGAUGUGCUGAAGGGCGGGCAGGGGCAGUCGACGCCGCUGUUCCCGGAGGUGGAUACGCUUCUCGCGCUCUUCAAGGAUUCCUGCAAGGAGCUCAUUGAUCUCCGCCACCAGGUUGAUGCGAGAUUGCAGAACUUAAAAGAGGAGGUCGCUGUCCAAGAUUCUAAGCACAGGAAGACUCUUGCACAGCUAGAAAAAGGUGUAGAUGGUCUUUUUGCAAGUUUUGCCAGGCUAGACACUCGAAUCUCUAGUGUGGGCCAGACUGCCGCCAAAAUUGGAGAUCACUUGCAGAGUGCAGACUCCCAAAGAGAAACUGCCACCCGAACAAUAGAACUCAUCAAGUAUUUGAUGGAGUUCAAUAGCAGUCGUGGGGACCUAAUGGAGCUAUCCUCUUUAUUUUUGGAUGACAGUCGUGUUGCCGAGGCAGCUUCAGUUGCACAGAAAUUGCGUGCAUUUGCUGAGGAGGAUGUUGGAAGGCAUGGCAUUAAUAUGCCAUCUGCAGUGGGUGCUGCAAAUGCUAGUAGGGGCUUAGAAGUCGCAGUUGCAAAUCUACAAGACUACUGUAAUGAGUUGGAGAACAGACUGUUGGCCCGGUUUGAUACAGCCUCACAGAAACGAGAAUUAUCAACAAUGGCUGAGUGUGCUAAAAUUUUAUCUCAGUUUAACAGGGGGACUAGUGCAAUGCAACAUUAUGUGACAACUCGACCAAUGUUCAUUGAUGUAGAAGUUAUGAAUGCGGACACCAAGUUGGUUCUUGGUGAUCAGGGAUCACAAGCUAGCACUGACAACAUUAAGCAUGGGCUGACUACAUUCUACAAAGAAAUUACAGAGACUGUGAGAAAAGAGGCAGCAACCAUAAUGGCUGUGUUCCCUUCUCCUAAUGAUGUCAUGUCAAUCCUUGUACAUCGAGUUUUAGAGCAGAGGGUGGCUGCUGUUCUUGAGAAGCUAUUGGUGAAACCACCCCUUGGAAACUUGCCUCCUGUUGAGGAAGGAGGUGCCCUACUUUAUCUCAGAAAUCUUGCAGUGGCAUAUGAGAAAACAAAAGAACUUGCUAAAGAAUUACAGACUGUCGGUUGUGGUGAACUAGACGUUGAGGGCCUCACAGAGUCGUUGUUUCUUGCCCAUAAAGAUGAAUAUCCUGAAUAUGAACAAGCAUCUCUUACACAACUAUUUGACUUGAAGAAGGAAGAGUUGCUAACUGAAGUUCAGCAACAAUCAGACUUAACAGGGACCAUCUCGCGUUCAAAAGGAGCUCCAAGCUCUUAUCCACAGCAACAGAUAUCUGUUACAAUAGUAGCAGAGUUUGUGCGGUGGAAUGAGGAAGCAAUAACUAGAUGCACUUUAUUUUCUUCUCAGCCUGCCACGCUUGCAUCUAAUGUGAAUUCAAUCUUCACUUGCUUGCUCGAUCAAGUAAGCAAGUACUUAAUUGAGGGGCUUCAACGAGCCAUAUAUAGUUUGAAUGAAGUGGCAAGUCUGCGGGAGAAAUAUGUGCUCGGACCACUUGUCACUAGAAGGGUAGCUGCAGCUGCCGCCUCUGGGGCAGAGGCGGCUGCAGCUGCUGGUGAAAAUAGUUUCAGAUCUUUCAUGAUUGCUGUGCAGCGAUGUGCUAGUAGUGUGGCAAUACUUCAACAAUACUUUUCAAACUCCAUAGCUCGACUCCUACUUCCUGUGGACGGUGCUCAUGCAGCUGCUUGUGAGGAGAUGGCAACAACAGUGUCAAGCAUAGAGGGAACCGCACAGAAUGGUCUUAUAUUGUGCAUUGAAACUGUGAUGGCUGAGGUUGAGCGCUUGCUAUCUUCAGAGCAGAAGGCUACUGAUUUUCGUACUCCUGAUGAUGGAAAUGCUCCUGACCAUCGGCCAACAAAUGCGUGUACACGGGUUGUAGCUUAUCUCUCACGUGUGCUUGAAGUUGCAUUCACUGCUCUCGAAGGUCUCAACAAACAAUCAUUCUUGACAGAACUGGGAAAUCGGUUUCAGAAAGGUCUGCUUAAUCAUUGGCAGAAGUUCACCUUUAGUGCAAGUGGUGGGCUACGGUUGAAGCGUGACAUAACCGAGUACGGAGAGUUUGUCCGAAGUUUCAAUGCCCCAUCAAUUGAUGAGAAAUUUGAACUGCUGGGCAUAAUGGCUAAUGUUUUUAUUGUUGCACCCGAAAGUCUUGCAUCCUUGUUUGAGGGAACUCCGAACAUCAAAAAAGAUGCAUUAAGGUUCAUUCAGCUCAGAGAGGAUUUCAAGUCUGCUAAGAUUGCAUCUAGGCUUGGCAGCAUCAUGUCAGAAGCAUAGAUUUAACUAUUAUACAGAGACAGAUAUUAUUGGUACACAGGUUGUCUGAGUGCUCUCAACAGCUUGAGAUGACAGAGGGUGAUAUGCCUUUCCAGUCACCUUUCGCAAAUCACGAUCAUAUGCGAGGUCGGGUGAGCAAUUUGAGGUCCAACUUUGCUUGUAAAUUCAUUUAUUUUGAUUGGAUGCCCGGGUGGUUGUAUUUAGAAUUUAACAUACUAGUGGUGGUUGUAACCUUGAGAGCUGUGUUUUUGUUCA